GUUGCGCAAAAAACACACAGGGUGGAGGGGGGCGCUAUAUAUACAAACAAAACACGUCAAUUUUAUAUAUGUACUUUGCUUUAUCUACACAGUGCAACGAAACCUUUGUUUGUGUUCAUCAUCUGGCGCAGUUCUCGGUUGUUUUGAUUAAAUCUGUGUUUGUUUACGUCGGGCAAUGGCCGAGGCACCCGAGAGCGAGCCCGUGCCCUCCGCGAGCACCGAAUCUGAGAUCGCAGCCGCCCCUCCUGAUGAGAAAGACGAAGAGGGCCCGCUGCCCGAAAAGCGCAGAAAGUUAGAUAAAGAGACGAGCGAGAAGCUCGAGCACAGGCUGGGCGGCAUCCUGUGCUGCGCGGUCUGCCUCGACCUACCGCCCGCCGCCGUCUACCAGUGCAGCAACGGGCACCUGAUGUGCGCGCCCUGCUUCACGCACCUGCUCGCCGACGCGCGCCUCCGCGACGAGGCGGCCACCUGCCCCAACUGCCGCGUCGAGAUCUCUAAGACUUCUGCCUCGAGGAACCUGGCGGUUGAGAAGACAGUGUCUGAGCUGCCUUCGGAGUGCAAGUACUGCGCUCAGGUGUUCCCGAGGCAUUCGCUACAGCAUCACGAGGAGAAGAUCUGUGAGGACAGACUGACGGGCUGCCGCUACGCGUCCAUUGGCUGCGGCUGGCGCGGGCCGGCGCACGAGGCGCGCAACCACGAGGCGACCUGCGCACACCCCGGCAAAAGCGCCGCGGAAGUCGUCGACGUACUAGCUGAGAGAGAAAAGGCGGCCAGGGAAGCUAAUGCGGUCUACACGCAGGUGUUAGAUUUGCUCUCGUAUGAGAAGAUCACCAUCAAUGAUCUGCAGUUGAAACCGUACCGCACGGAAGAGUUCGUGCACAAGCUGUACUACGAGACGUCCCGGUUCAACGCGUUCGGCCACCAGUGGGUCGUGAAAGCCUUCGUCAACCGCAACCAGCGCGACCCCACGCAGAGCACGCAACGCGAAAUUACAUACCAGUUAAUCCUGAAGAGCAAGACGCUGUCGCCCCUGCACGUGCAGUGGGUGGGGCUGCGCGGGCCGUACGGCGAGGCGGGCGUGCGCGCGCGCGUGCAGCAGCACGUGUUCGCGGACGACGGCCCGGAGGCUCCUCCGCAGCCUCUACCGCUGCACGACCACGCCGACACCAACAGACUGCUCGCUAACAAGGCCAUACACUUCAGACUCAUAAUGUUCCUGACGUCGAAGUGAUCAGCUGGGCCCGCGCUCGGGCAGCGGUUCCUGCAGCGCACGCGCCGCAUCCUGCUGCUCGUGCGGCAGUACUGCCUGCUGGUCGAGGGACAACUCAACCGAUAUACUCCACGGGAAAUACUUCCGUGAAACCACCACAGACGUCUGGACUUAGAGGGUCUACUGCCAAUGUCGAACAAUCUCGUUAGUAUCUGCCUCUAUCGAUCGUUCGAAUAUGCAAGAUAGACAGGCAGAUAUAGGCAGACCGUAAAAAGUCUGCAGCGAUUUUGAUAGCCCACGCAGUGCAAAUGUCAUUUUAAACGUCAAACUUCUAUCAAAUUAGGACGUAUAAAUAACACACUGCGUGGGCUAUCAAACCCGCUGCAGACUUUUAUUGGUGCGACUAUAAAUUUUAUUUUUUCAAUAUUGACAGUAGGCCCUCAGAGCCUGAUUAUUUAUUGGAUCUUAUUAACGUCUAUAGUUAGUAGUCGUGAGUUAUAGGACUGACUAAUUUCCUUGACCAUGGACAGAUUAAUAGCCAAUGGAAGACGCACCCUACAUAAGCUGUAGUUAUCAGAAUUAAGAACCUUUAUGUAACGGAAAAUAAUUUCUAAUCUAUGGCGCCUGGUUUUUAGGGUUCCGUACCCAAAGGGUAAAACGGGACCCUAUUACUAAGACUUCGCUGUCCGUCCGUCCGUCCGUCCGUCCGUCCGUCCGUCUGUCACCAGGCUGUAUCUCACGAACCGUGAUAGCCAGACAGUUGAAAUUUUCACAGAUGAUGUAUUUCUGUAGCCGCUAUAACAACAAAUACUAAAAACAGAAUAAAAUAAAGAUUUAAAUGGGGCUCCCAUACAACAAACGUGAUUUUUGACCAAAGUUAAGCAACGUCGGGAGUGGUCAGUACUUGGAUGGGUGACCGUUUUCUUUUUUGCUUUUUUUGUUUUUUUUUGCAUUAUGGUACGGAACCCUUCGUGCGCGAGUCCGACUCGCACUUGCCCGGUUUUUUUCUUUACAAAAUAAUCAGAUGCCCAAGGUCGGUAUUCCAGCUGUCCAAUAUCUUGGUCCAAUGUGCAUUGCGUCUCACUCUCUCAUCAAGCAAAAUGUGAGAUGCAAAUACACAUUGGACAAAAAAAAUUUACAGGUGGAAUACCACCCAUAGACAAUAACUGAAUUUAUUCCGAUUUUUAGGAUUCCGGUUUUUAAUUUCUGAUAAUUUCAGUCCGUGUAGGAUGCACCCGAAAUCGGGUUUUAAAUUCAGGUGAGUCUGUGAUGCUCCUACCCUAAUACACUUGUCCAUCUAUUCCCACAGAUAGGCUUUCAAUACUAUCUCCUUACCCUUUUUAUGUCUUGUCUGUAAAUAUUUAUGUUUUUAGGGUUCCGUAGCCAAAUGGCAAAAAACGGAACCCUUAUGGAUUCGUCAUGUCUGUCUGUCUGUCCGUCCGUAUGUCACAGCCAGUUUUUUCCGAAACUAUAAGAACUAUACUGUUGAAACUUGGUAAGUAGAUGUAUUCAGUGAACCGCAUUAAGAUUUUUACACAAAAAUAGAAAAACAACAAUAAAUUUUGGGGGUUCCCCAUACAGAACUGAAACUCAAAAAUUAUUUUUCAUCAAACCCAUACGUGUGCGGUAUCUAUGGAUAGGUCUUCAAAAAUGAUAUUGAGGUUUCUAAUAUAUUUUUUUUCUAAACUGAAUACUUUGCACGAGAGACACUUCCUAAGUGGUAAUAUGUGUGCCCCCCCCCUGUAACUUGUAA